GUAAAUAUUGGACCAUCCCGCAUAAUAGAACGAAUCGUCGCGCCAGGCCACUGAACCUACGACCGCCGACCAACUACUUAGAACACCACACGCACACGGACCUGGAUUUUAAUAAAAUUAGGUUUAUUCACAUCGUCAAACCCCUUGAAUACGAAGCCUUCAUGUCUCAAUGAACAAUGGUCACGAAAACUUUACAGAGAGUCGACUCUUUUUCCUCCCGCUCCUCUACAGAAGGCAGCUCUCUUUUCUCCUAACACCCGUUCAAGAUGCAGACGGUUCCAAGUCUUAUUGGAGCUGGUACUGCGGUCGCCGCGGCGGCAACGGGGCUAGUCUUUGGUGAAUUACCAGAUGGACAACCCACACUGCAUCCAGACUCUAGCAAGAGAAAGUCAAUAAUAUCUGAUAGAGAUUUUCUCAGUGUAUUUUCAUCUCGACCUGGAACAACGAACUCCACCGCUACUGCUCCUCCGAAGAACGACUUCGUCCAAGACUCGAACCAACAAUCCUCUUCAUCUAAUGCGACAACCCGACCACGAAUUCCUCGACGAUCUUCCCAUAUUCAUAUAACACCACCGAAAUCAUCGGGAGCGCGACACUCGGCUGCUAAGCAAGGGGAAUUCUCACCGGCUACACCCAUUGCCGAAGACGCGCGUGAUUCCCUUUCUUCGAGUAGUUCUUGGAUACGCAGAUUAUCUAUACGACCGUUAUCCCAGCACGAGAGUAUAAGGUCAAGUGUGGGUCCAGACUCGCCUUCCAUCACCUUUUCCCACGGAUCCGCUGCGCCAAUCCUCUCGCCUGGAGGGCAUCCACCUGCACAACUACCUCCAAAUAAAUUGGUGAAACGCGCAUCCGCUGCCAACGGAAGCAACGCAGGCCCUAUAGUUCGACGAGGUUCAAAAGCCCAGAUGACAUUACGCAGACCAGCUACGAGCCAUCAGCGAUCCGCUACAUUGAAUCAGCAGAUUAAUCCCGAAGAGUUACCAACUUUGACCAAGGUCUCGUUCGAUCGACAAAGUCGGCCUCGAGCGCAGACUUUAGCCAGUCCGACCGAGUCGGUUUUUCCUGCUCCUGGCAGGAAAUCGUCGCCCUGGAAGUCGUUUUGGCAUUCCCGUUUAUCUCGAAGCACGGUUAAAUCCUCACCGCUGAGGAGUAAUGACACAACUGCCCUACCUGGUGUUAAGCGAAUCUGUGUAGAGCAGCCAGGCCGCCGAAGAGCUUUCUUGGUGGCACCGAGCCUUCUUAUGGGUACCUCUAUCUUAGAGGUGCCGGAUGAUAUCUCACAUGAACAAGAGAGCCAGUCUAACACUGAAACUAGUCCUCAGACUUCAGAGAAGUCCUCGGUAUCUCCUGAAGCUACUCCUUCUAAGCAACCACGACGCUCUAUCUCGAUGCACUUCAGCUCGCCCUCGAGCUGGGUAUCAAAAACUGGCAGUCUUCGACGUCGCAAGCGUGGUGAGACGAUGGGCGGAUCUAAGAGACAUGUAUCGGCACCGGCCACGACGGGUACCGAAUCAAUACCAGCUGAUGCAGCCGAUCGCGAGGAAACCUCGAAAGAUACUAGAGAAUUAGAUGCUACUGAGGCGGAGUCGAAUGCUUUAGUCCGACUUCCCACUCGCACACGAAAUUCGUCCUCUCCCUUACCGCCCAUUUCAAGGCUCUCCAGUUUUCAUAUCGAUCUAAACAAGAUCGGGACAUUAUCAACGGGAUAUUAUGCCCCGUCUGAGAUAUCCACAACUAAUUCUAUAGCGGGCCCAAGAGUAGUAUCUAAUACGUCACAAGCCCGAACGCUCGAUCGUACUUCGACAACUGCUAGCUCAGAGUAUCACCGCGGAUUUACAUCUGGUGAAGAUGAUGACACUGACUUCAAGACGGAUACUCCAUUUGAUUCGAUACGAACGGCUGCAUCGGGACGUAGAAGGACUCUUGACAGUCCCUUAGAAUCGAUGUUCGACGAAUCUCCUCCGAGUACUGCGGGCAAUAAUAGCAAACCGAAGCGCCUAUCAAUCCAGGAAAUUCUGGGACCAUCUUUCAAUGAUGGAAACAAGAUUAUGGAGGAGGAUGAAAAUUUAGCCACCCCUAUUCGAGGAGCGUAUGCAGUAGCGGGGGCACGAUUCCGUACGGCGGAUAUCGGAGAUGAGGAUGGUUUUGAUUCUAACCCAGCUUCUCCUAAUUUUACUACUCAAAGAGAUGUGACUCGGUUUUCGUUUGACGAUGACGACGACGAUCUCGAUUGGGAUAACGAAGAAGAGAAUGGGAUAUGUAAUCAUCUGUCCCCUCCUAGCUCCAUGAACUCGCGAAAGGGUAGCCCAAAUUCUCGAACGGCACUCGGGUAUAGCAAUGGCAAUGCGAAGGUCAACAUGCGAGUUAACGCGCGUACUGAUCCUGCUAGGGAACGACCCCGAAGUACCGUUUUUGACUGGACAGAAUCUGUUGCCCAUGAGAAGCAUGAUCUAAAUGGUAGCUACACACGUCCCAAGACGGUCCAUGGGAAGCAAGAAAUGGAUGUUAGGGGCGGGCGCUCUGCGAGUCGUAAAGGUCCUAUACCUGCCCACGUUAGAAGUCAGAGUGUCCCUGUCGUUCCUGACCAAUCUGAGACUACUGCGCCUACUCCGAAAUUUGGAACGUGGGGGCUUGGUCAGAAGAAUGCAAGUGAGGAUUGGGAUGAUGACUUCGAAUUUGAGGAAGAGGAGAGUUUUGGGCUAGUCUCUGGAGAUCAUGAAGAACCCCGGUUUUCGAUGGUUGUCCCUGCAUCAAUUCAGGCCACUCAGCCUACGAUUCGAGCACACUCCGGACAGAUUCGGGAGCUGUCACUUUUAGUUAAUGAUCUAAAGCGGUUAUGUCGACUCGGUCGUGAGAUGGACAUGCUCAGUGGAUCUGCGAAACUUUGGCGGGAAGCUGAGGGCAUCAUUGCACUGGCCUCACCUGAUGACGAUCCUACGGAGUCUGUCAACUCGAGGCACAAUUCGCAGACCGAUCUCGUUGACGAGCGAUUCAUCGACCAGGGGUUUAACGGAGCUAAUCUUGACGAUCAUGGAUCUCCUAAGGUGACUGGAAACCAACGAAAUGCUGUCGUCCGGGAUCGUCCUGCGGGUCGACGCCGGUCUGUCUUCGCUCCUGAUGAUGACAUCUUCGGCACGUGGGAUCACACGGAUGAAGAGCAGCUCCCUGAUCCUCCAAAGACCCCAGAGAACCGGGCUGGAAAACCUGAAUUCGGUUCAACUAGCGUUGCUAGAUCUGUCAUGGAAGCUAUGCAUCCACGUCAGGUUAAGCUUAACGUCCCCUACGAGGAUAAUGAGCCGCCUGGAAAGCUCAAUUUUGACACGAACAGCCUGAAGGAGCUGGUCAAGAGAGCCAGCGACUUGAGAGACGGCCUAUCAGACCUCGUUCGCAAAGCGGACCACCUCACACAGAGCCCAGUGCGAACUCCGAAACACACGAGGGCUGACGGUAGUCCUGCAUUCACACGAGUAUUUGACGAACCGACGACAAGCCCUACAAGGCGACUACCUAAUAGCCACAGUAACACCUCUGUUAUCAGCAACGGCUCUGUUGGCGCGUCUCCAUCUAAUGGUAUUAGUCAGCGUAUGCAGAUGAUGACUGUUAGCUGAAGAUCACGCAUCCCAUAUUUACAAACCCCCUUCACCUCACAUCGAAUCAAGGCCUAAUUGCGGUGGGAGCUAUGUAUAUGUACAAACGUUUGUUUAAUCAGCAUAGCGCAGGGUCGGUUUUUAGUUUUUCUUUUAU